AUGCGCACUCAGGAUAGGGUUGAAUUGUUUCUUCCUCUCCGCCUGAAGCUGGUUGUACCGCAGGGUCGGGCGGACAUCGACUCACAACGUCCCCGAAUUGAUUUAAUUUCCCAACUGAGUACUUUUCGGCACAUUAUGGAGAGGCCAGAACAUAUCAGUAAUGAUCCACCUCUUAUACUGCCGUCUCUCCGCCUCGUCAUUCCUCCCAUCCGGUUGGUGUCUGCAGCCAUGUGGCACAUUGUGCAGAGUGGGAACCUUCAGGAAUAUGGAUUAGUGGAGGACUUCAUCAGCACAAUCACUGAUAUUGUUCCAGAAUUGUUGAAUCCAGAUCAGAAGGCUCAGCUCCUCCUGGGACUGAGAGCACGGGUUGUUCUUGAAUUGUGUCGGCCUGAGCAGAUCUCAGACACACACUCCAUCCAGAUGCACCUGGAGCGGAUUAAAGCCCUGAUAUCCAGCUGGGCGACGCAGCCUUGUUUUGCAGAUGUACAGUUUCCAGAGUCCAACUUUGUGGAUCAGGUUGGGUUGUUAUUGAAGGAUCCCGAAGAGAAGGAGAAGUUCUUCCAGGAUGUUUUCCCUACAGAUUUUGGACCAGAUUAUGACAACGCUCUUCAGAUGCUGAUGUUGGAUUUUCUGUCCAGGCUGGAGAGGCUUCUUCCAGUACCUGACAUUCAGCAGACGGCCUCCAUGCUCAGCAGCAUCCCAUCUGCCCUGGAGGAGUGUUCUCACUCAGUACCUGACCCCCAGCACCUGAGAACUGUGCUGCACCACCAUUCAACACUCGGACACAUUGAUUUUUCUGAUGAAGUGCAAACCAUUCCGUCUUCCUUUGGGAACUGCAUCCUGUCCUCUCUGUCUCUUCCCCAACUGGAAAAGAUUGUGAUCGAUCCAAGCGAGCUACAGAUUCAAUCUUCGGACCAGAUCCAAGGCUGCAUGACCGUGCAGGUGGAGGGCGAAACUGUCACGCUGUUGGACUAUAUACAGAUAGAAGACCCGUCCGGUCUGGUGGAGUCCGAAGAGCACGAAAAUAUUGAAACAAACACUGAGGAAGCCCCUGAUCCGGCACCACAGGAGGAUUCUGAUGAUGCUUUAAAGCCUGCAGCUUUUCAACCACUAAAACAAAGCAAGAGGCUUGAAUUAAAGAGAAAAGCUUUAAAAUCAAACCGUAAUUCAGAGGCAGCUAAGAGGCUGCGGAAGAAAUACUCGAAUGACAAAACAUGUCCUGUGUGCAACAAGACGUUCCUGCGAGCCACAGCCAUGCGGCGGCACCAGGAAAUUCACAAUGAAAACCGUGACCUGAAGUACAAGUGCAGCAGCUGCGAUAAGAGAUUCAGGGACCAGUACGACAUGAACCGACACACCAUGAGGGUUCACGAGAAGGAAGAGAUGAGUAACAGCCCUAAAGACGAAGAUCUGGGCAAUCCUUGUACCUCUGAGGAAAACAAAAACUGCUCCUUAUGUGGGAAAUAUUUUGCCCGGGAAGGUGACAUGGAGCGACACAUGAAGUCCCACUCAGAGGAUCGUCCGUAUAAGUGUUCCUUCUGCGACAAGAAGUUCAAGAGUCCUUAUGUCUUAAAGAGGCACGAGAGGGAGAUUUGUAAAAGCAGGCAGCAGAAAGACGUUCUGGAUGCAAACACUGACGCCCAGACAGAGGUGUCCGUGGAGGGGAAAAUCUGUCCGAUCUGCGCCCGGAUCCUUCCCUGCUCUACGGACAUCGCGAAGCAUUUACGCUCCCACUCCGAAGAGCGACCGUACGUCUGCAUGACGUGUGAGAAAGGCUUCAAGUACAAAGACACUUUAAAGAAGCACCAGAUCAUCCAUGGACACGAGGGCAUACGGGAAGAGCACUGCAAGUCUGUGGAGGAGAUUCUGGCUGAAGCCGAUCCCCAGAACCAGGAGGACCCUGACAUAUUAGCUACAACUGAAACAGAUUCGGGCACAUCAGCAGCGACUACGAAGAGCAAUCUGUCUGCGAUGGGUCCCAGCAAGAAGAAAACCGGUAAGGUGUGUCCUGUGUGCAACAGGACUUUCGCUAGCCUCAAAACCCUGAACAGGCACGUCCAGUGUCACACAGAGGAUCGACCUUUUCACUGCAUCUACUGCAAGAAGAGAUUCAAACACAUGCACGGCCUGAAGAGACACCAGAUUUACGCCAUCUGUCAUAAGAAGACCUCGCGUUUGUCAUGGAAAAAGGAGCUGAGAGCAGGACCAAGUCAGAGUGAGGCAAGCAGUGCCACCUCCCACCAGGGAGAGCAGGGCAUGAUCCCUGUCUGGUGCUCCAACUGUGGCAAUCACUUUGAGUACCCGGCCGCCCUGAAGGAGCACCAGGAGAACGUCUGCAAAGUGGAAUUAAGGGAGGUGAUGAAGUGUGAAGACUGUGGGAAGGAGUUUAAGAGUGUUACGAUGUUCAAGGUCCACCAGCGGAUCCACGACCCGCUUUACUGCAAGGAGUGUGGAAAGAUCCUCGGAGACGAGGCUGCCUUCGAGAGGCACAAGCUGAUGCAUCUCCCCAUGAGCUGCACAAUGUGCGAGAAGACCUUCACCCUCCUAAGGCGCCUCAGGGAGCACUAUGAGAAGCAGCACGGCUUCACUGGGCCCUUUCCAUGUCCGCAAUGUGACAAAUGCUUCGCCCAGCUGUCCUACCUCGCCCUCCACCAGAGGAUUCACAAAGGAGAGUUCCCCUACGCUUGUAACAUGUGCCCUGAAAAGUUCAGAUCGUCCAACUGUCUGACAGUCCAUCAGAGGAAACACACUGGAGAGAAGCCCUUCCUGUGCUGGCAGUGCGGGAAGUGCUACCGCUCCGCUUCAGAGCUCACCGUCCACAUGGGGACCCACUCCGAGGAGAAACCCUGGGCGUGUUCACAGUGCAACAUGGCCUACCGCACCAAGCUGCAGCUCAGCAACCACGUGGAGCAAGUCCACAUCGGCGUGCGGUAUCCCUGCAAGAGCUGCGGGAAGCAGUUCAUGAAGGAGACUUCUCUGAAGAGGCACGAGCUCAUCCACACGGGAGAGAGGCCCCACCAGUGCACCGUGUGCGGGAAAACCUUCCUGACCGCCAACGAGCUCCGCCUCCACAACCGCUAUCACACCGGAGAGCGCCCAUACAAGUGUGACGUGUGCGGCAAAGCCUUCAUCCAGUCCGGCUACUUGAAGUCACACAUGCGCAUCCAUACAGGAGAGAAGCCGUUUAAAUGCAGCCUCUGCGAUAAAGGGUUCAGGCUAUCUUAUCACAUGAAGAAACACCAGCGGACUCACGUCGAUAAACCCCAGAACUUCGUCUGUGGGGACUGCGGGUUGGUAUUCCUCCAGAAAAAGCUGCUUUGGGAACAUUUAGCCACGCAUGAAGUGAAACUGGAGUCGACGUUCACAGAUGAAGUUGGACUAGAAUUGCAGUAGUUUCCUCAGUGAGCUCUUUGGGUUUUGUUUACAAGUUUGUUUUUUCAUGAAAGGAGAAUCUUAUCCAAUCUUCAGAGAAAAACUGCAGGGAAAUUAAGCUUCUCUGAACUUUUGGGGACAUUAAAAAACAAUGCUGUCAUUGAUGUCUUUUUGUUUUUUGUUGCAUCAGCUAAUUAAUCUAUCUGUAUGACUUUACAUGUUAUUUUUUAGAAGUGAGAGGAUUUAUUUUCAUGUACUGUUAGUCACCAAAGAAAAACUGUUACAAACGUUGCUGCAUAAAAAGAAAACCUGAAUAGAUAUCUGCAGAUUACCUUAACUGGAUCCUUCUAUUGGUCCAAUUCAGUGCCUUGCAUAAAUAUUCACACUCCUUGAAUGUGUCCGCAUUUUGAACCCUAUUUUUUAUUUUUAUUAGGAUUUUGUUUGACAGCUGGACUUAAAGGACCCGAAUGGUGAGUUGGUUCUACAAAGGAAAAAAAAUGAUUAGGUACUUGAAUCCAGUUCCCGUGAGUCUGUAUUUUCACCGGUGCAACUCUAGAACUCACAAUCUAUACCUUAAGUCAUUGUUACAUAUUGCAGAUGAAUGCUUGGCUGCAGUAUUUAUUGUAGCAUGCAUUACAACGUAUUAAAAUAUUUGUUUUUCUUGAUGGUGUCACCUGAAUAAAAUCCCUUCUU